ACCUCCCCCAACAGACAGGGCCCCCAAGAGGUAGGGGGAGAGACUGAGAAUUACGGGGGCCGGAGCAGGAGGCCAGUGGGUGCAAAGGAGGGCAUCAGGAAGAUGAGAUGCUCCCUCCCCUAAGUCCCCAGAGGUUAGUGACUGUUGUGUGAGGCUGCUCACUCUCUCUUGCCUCCAGGCUUUGCUCCAUCUCCCUGGGAGGCCCCCCUCUCCUAAGGCCCCCUGUCCCUGUUAUGGCCCCCCAGACACUGUGGCCCAAUUGAAAUCUAGCUGACUAAGGCUCCUGCCAAUGAAUGGGGGAUGUAAGCAUCUCUCCAGAACUCUAGCCAUCCACUGACAAGAACCUGGGCCCCCACUCAAGCCCCACCACUCCACACAGGAGCACUAAGUGUGAGGCAGUAAGAGGAGAGUAGGACCCCAUUCAUCCCCCUGGCCAGGCCCUGCUGGGGUGGAACCCCUCCACAACACAGCCAGCCAUGGGGGCAGUGGGGACACGGGCUAUGGCCCUCCACUUCCCAAGGCCUGUGGCAUUUCUUCUUCUACUACUGGAGCUGCCAGCCGGCAAGGCCCUGGUCCGGGCAAUGGCCAAUGACAGUGCCAGCCCUGUGGACUUCAGUGAUGCACCUGCCCUGUUCGGGGCUCCCCUGUCUGAAGAUGGUGUUCGAGGGUACCUGAUUGAGGCCCAGCCACCCAAUGCUUGCCAGCCCAUUGAGGGUCCGAUGAUAUCCAACCACUCCCUUGGCUCCAUUGCUCUGAUUCGCCGCUUUGAUUGCACCUUUGACCUCAAGGUCCUCCACGCCCAGCAGGCUGGCUACCAGGCAGUCAUUGUGCACAAUGUCCACUCCAAUGACCUGGUCAGCAUGGUACACGUAUAUGAUGACAUCCGGCAGCAGAUUGAGAUUCCAUCGGUCUUUGUCAGCGAGGCCACGUCAAAGGACCUCCGGAUCAUCCUGUGUGGCAACAAAGAUGCCCAUGUCCUCCUCUUGCCCAACCAUCAUCACUACCCUGAGCUCGACUGCCACCCCGUCCUGUCUAUCUCUUGGGUGCUGGGCUGCAUGAUGACCCUGCUGAUGUCCACGCUGCUCAUUAUCAGGAGGGUCUGGCUGUACUGGUGCCGGUGGCGGGAAUGGGGCACUGUGGCCAAGACCCCCAGCCGGAAGAAGACGCAUAUGCGUGCUUUCACCCGCCAAAACGACGUCUGUGCCAUCUGCUUGGAUGAGUAUGAGGAAGGGGAUCAGCUGAAGAUCCUCUCUUGUACUCACAUCUAUCACAGCAAAUGCAUCGACCCAUGGUUCUCCCAGACCCUUUGUAGGACCUGCCCUGUCUGCAAGCAGCCUGUGGUCAGUACUGAGGAAGGCUCUGACUCCAACCCAGAGAGCCUCAGUGAGGAUGAGUCGGCCAGGUCAGGGCACGACCACCAGGCAACAGAAGUGCUGCCCCUGGUCCGUCAAGUGCCCUCCCGCACAGAUAGCUCCAGUCACAGGACAGAAGACUCAGAGACUGAGGAGGAGUCCUCCCUACCCUGAGAAGUGCUCCUCUCAGGCCUCCUUGCCCCAGACUUGGCUCUUCCCUUCCUCCUUCCCCACACCCCUAUUUCUUCUUUUUCCAGCCAGCCAGCUGCUCCCUAGAACCUGGCUGAAUAUCACCAUGUACUUUUGUCUGGCACAGUUCGGCUUGCCUUGGUAGAGAAGCCCAAAUGCUGCAGUACCUGUUUGGAAAUGUAAAACUUUAUAGGCUGGAGACAAUAAAAUGCAU